AUGAUUGCACCAGACUCUCAAAGAUUAUUCGGUUCCUUUGAUGAACAAUUUGAGGAUUUAAAACUUGACUCGGCUGAUCCACAGAGCAAAAGAACUAGCACUGCAUUCACCACUAUGGAUUCCUGUCAACCCAAGAUUAAUAACAACAAUAGUAAUGGUGGUAUUGGUGCGGGCGUGAACGGUGUUCCUGGAUCUACAUUUAGGUCGAACACACCUCUCUUAGGAGGUCGACACCCGCUUAGUAGGACAUCUUCUUUGAUCGAUUCUAUUGGCAUACAACGCGCGGCCUCGCCGUUUACUUCCGCCAAAGAGCCAUUCAUUCCUCAAAGUUCAGGGGUCACGGGACCCUCCUUUUGGCAUGGUGAACAUGCUGAAUCGCGGGUUAGUACGCCUGUUCAGCAGCACCCGUUACUGCAGAGAAACGAGUCCACUUCUUCUUUUAGCUACGCUGCUAAUCUUGGCAUGAAUUUGAGUACACAUUCAUUAGCUGUGGAUAUUACUCCGCUGGGAACACCAACUGUUGCUCAAUCUCAUGCCAGCUUAUUUCCUUCGUCUGACAUAUCUCCAGCUUUGGAUAUAAACGGAAUAUCCCACUUUCCUACACAAAUAUCAAUUGAGUCCAGUUGGAAAUACAUAGAUACUCAGGGACAAACACAUGGUCCAUUCACUACCCAAUUAAUGUCGCAAUGGUAUAUCGGUGGCUAUUUCGCUUCAACUCUUCAGAUUUCAAGAGUAGGCAACACUCCGGAAACACUUGGAAUAAACGAUGUUUUUAUCACCUUGGGAGAAUUGAUGACAAAACUCCAGAAGUAUGAUACAGAUCCAUUUAGCACUUUUGACAAAGUGCACGCCCAAUCAACCAAUCCCGAUCUUAUCAGUCUGAAUCUGGCCCCUUACCCGAACGAAGUUACUGCCGUUACUACUGACACUAUUCAAGCUACUGAAAAUGAUUUUUUCAAGCCAUUGACACAUGAGAAUAUAUGGGAUAUGGAUGGUGGUACUACGACGAAAGAGGUUGACAUCAAAUUAGGUUCUGUGGCCGCCGCCGAUCAAAGAAAUAUAACCCCCAAAUCAGAACACAAAUCAGCCAAUGCAAUUGAGGCGAGGAGAAAGGAAAAAGCUGAAGCCAUGGCAAAGGCGUUGUUGGAAGAACAAGAAAGGCGUAAUCAAGAACUAAAAAGAAAAGAAGAGGUUCAGUUGUUGAAGAAACAGAGACAAAAGGAGGAACAAGAGUUAUUGAAAAAACUAAAGGAAGAAAGGGAGUUGUUAAAAAAACAAAAGGAAAGGGAAACUUUGGAAUCAGAAAGGCAAAGACAAGUUGAAAAGACAAACAAGGCGAUGCAAGCGCGAGCAGAAGUUUCGAAAAUUUCGAAAGAUUUACCCUCGUUGAACGCCUUAAAGGCCAAGUCAAUACCAUGGGCUUCGAAAGUCAAAAUCGAUAGUCCAGUCGAAACUAUAGUAAAAAAUGGCGUGUCCAGCAACGAAACGAAGAAAGAAGAGUCUACGAAUUUACAACAGAGAAAUAUUAAAGAAGAAAAGCAAAAGCAAGAAUCAAAGUUUGUACUAAACUGGGCCAACAAAUCCAGCCCACCACCAGAUCAAACAAUUGAUAUAAAAUCACAGUUCCAAAAAAAUGUAAAGAACGUGAACGUGAACGUGAAAGAAACCCCUUCAUUAAAGGAAUUGGAAGACCCGAAUUUCAUUGAAGAACAAAAGAAGUUAUGGGAAAAGGUUCAAAGCUCUUCCAGGCAAAUAAGAUCCACCAAUCCUGCCUCUACUCCCACAACUUCCUGGACCACGGUGACUUCGAAGGCGAAAACGGCUAUUGGCACCGUUGUUUCUUCCUCUAAAGCUAAUACUGGUUCGAACUCUUCGACAACGAUAACAACCAAUACAACACCUACGGCAAGUACAUUUGCCAGUUUGAACAGUGUUUCUCCGCGUCAGGAAUUUAUUAGAUGGUGCAAAUCACAGAUGAAACUAAAUUCUGGAAUAACAAACAAUAAUGUCUUAGAACUAUUACUGAGCUUACCCACGGGGCCGGAAUCCAAGGAGUUGAUUCAGGAAACCAUUUAUGCCAAUAGUGACGUUAUGGAUGGUAGAAGGUUUGCUACUGAAUUCAUCAGGAGACGUGCUGAAUGUGAGAAACAAGGCAGUGAUCCGCUAAGUUGGAACGAGGCAUUGGCUCUUUCAGGCAAUGAUGAUGAUGACUGGGAGUUCCAGGUUGUUAGCAAAAAGAAGGGUAGAAAGCACUGA